GGUGCCCGCCCCUCGGCCUGGAAACCUUAAAAAUCACGGACUUCCAGCUCCACGCGUCCACCGUGAAGCGCUACGGCCUGGGCGCGCACCGCGGGCGGCUCAACAUCCAGGCAGGUGUCAGCGAGAACGACUUCUACGACGGGGCGUGGUGCGCGGGCAGGAACGACCUCCACCAGUGGAUCGAGGUGGACGCCCGGCGGCUGACCCGGUUCACGGCCGUCAUCACGCAGGGGAGGAACUCGCUGUGGCUGAGCGACUGGGUGACCUCCUACAAGGUCAUGGUGAGCAACGACAGCCACGCGUGGGUCACAGUGAGGAACGGGUCAGGGGACGUGGUGUUUGAGGGGAACAGUGAGAAGGAGGUCCCCGUCCUCAACGAGCUGCCGGUGCCCAUGGUGGCCCGCUACCUCCGCGUCAACCCGCAGUCCUGGUUCCAGGACGGGAGCAUCUGCCUGCGGCUGGAGGUCCUCGGCUGCCCGCUGCCCGACCCAAACAACUAUUACCACCGGCGCAACGAGAUGACCACCACAGACGACCUGGACUUCAGGCACCACAGCUACAAGGAGAUGCGCCAGUUGAUGAAGGUGGUGAGUGAGAUGUGCCCCAACAUCACCAGGAUCUACAACAUCGGCAAGAGCCAGCAGGGCCUGAAGCUGUACGCCGUGGAGAUCUCCGACCGGCCCGGGGAGCACGAAGUCGGGGAGCCCGAGUUCCACUACAUGGCGGGCGCCCACGGCAACGAGGUGCUGGGCCGAGAGCUGCUGCUGCUGCUGGUGCAGUUCCUGUGCCAGGAGUACCUGGCGGGCAACGCGCGCAUCGUCCGCCUGGUGGAGGAGACCCGCGUCCACAUCGUGCCCUCCCUCAACCCCGACGGCUACGAGGAGGCCUCCGAGGGGGGCUCGGAGCUGGGGGGCUGGUCCCUGGGGCGCUGGACCCACGACGGGAUUGACAUCAACAACAACUUUCCCGACUUAAACUCGCCGCUCUGGGAGGCCGAGGCCCGGCAGAGCAGCCCG